GGCGAUGUUGGUCGAUGAAGAUGUGUUGUCCAUGCGAUCGUUCUAGAAUCCAAUAUGGCCGUUGGCUGGAAAUCUCGACUUUACUCGAAAUCUAUCGCGAGAUCGUCAAUGUAAACAUAAACAUAGCAACAUAUAAGCAGCUUGCAAUCUUAGUUCAUAAUAGACGCACAUUGCACGAACAGAAAACCAUAUACAGGACGAUUUAGGGGAUACACAUCCAACAAAAUGUCUUUCUUUGGAUUGACUCAAUUAGGAUAUCAAAAUACCAUAAAAUCAGGUGUUACUCCACCAACAAAACUACCACCAAUAGACAAUGAAAAAUAUAAACUUGCCUCAAUUGUACCCAUUGACCAAGUGUCAGGAUAUGGUAAAGGACCAGAGGGAUCAUAUGUAGAAUUCACAAGACAGAGAAUGAAACACAUACGGAAACCACAAGGUCCUACAGAAAUAUGGAGAAUACCUCUUACAACUUCUAGCAGGUGUGGAUGGUGGCAAAAAGACAAACCAUUAAAAGAAAAAGAGCCAUGGACAUAUGUACCUAGACAUGUACAUGUAAACAGUGAAAUGACCAGAUUUGUUGAUGAAAUGAGCCUUACAAAUAGAGAAUUCAAGCUAUUUUAAAGAAAUAGAAGGACAUUUACAGUGCCAAUAUAUAAAAAGACAUAUGGUAUUAGAGUGAUAGAGGAGUCUAAGAUAUCAUUUUUGUACAACAGCCAAAUGGACCAAAAAGUACAUUUGAAUGUGGCUUUUAUAAAAAUAAAGAUUGUUGAAUCUUUGCUGGGAUACAGCUUCCUGUAUAUCACAUACACCUGUUUGUCUUUCAUAAUGAACAUUUUUAUAAACACUCCAAAUGUCAUACAUUUAAAAGCAUUACUUAGUGGUGAAAAAAGAGAAUUAAAAAAUAUGAACACAAUCAUGUGUGUCAACUGUCAAUGGAGAAAGUAAACAAUAUUUACUUUGUAUUAUGUUUUGUAUCUAAAUGCAAUUGUUCAGAAAAGAGAUAGAUAUAUAAUGCAUGUAUGUGUGUUUACCAUAUAUAUUAUGAAUUGAUUUAUGAAAAAGAAAUAAAAAA